UUAACCACAAAAAACAUCUUUCAAUAUAUAUAAAAAUAAUUCAUUCACAUUCGAUUGUUUAUGUAAAUCCGAGGAUAUAAAUUUUUAUAAAGCCUGCUUCUGGAGGCUUCUUUUAGUCUCAGCGCGUUGGAAGGGAGAGUGAUAUUCAUCUCCCUACAAGUUGCGUAUCCUACUCCUCAAAAAGAUAUGGAGUAAUCUUUUGCAUUUGUUGAAUAUUUAUGCGUUAUAUAUAACAGGGUCGCAACUUUCAAGUUUUUGGGAAAUAAAAUUCGUCGACAAGAAUUUUUUUGUGUGGGUUUAAAAAAUGGCAGCUGAAGAUGAUAAAAGCAAUGAUUUUUAUGCGAUUUUGGGUUUGAAGAAGGAAUGCACUGCAGUAGAGCUAAAGAUUGCGUAUAAGAAGCUGGCACUGAAAUGGCACCCGGAUCGUUGCGCGGCGUCAGGGAACUCAAAGUACGUGGAGGAGGCUAAAAAGAAAUUUCAGGCCAUUCAACAAGCCUAUUCAGUGCUUUCGGAUGCCAACAAAAGGUUUCUGUAUGAUGUAGGAGUAUAUGACUGUAACGAUCAUGAAGACGAAGCUGGUAUGGGUGGUUUCUUGAAUGAAAUGGCAGAGAUAAUGAAUCAAAAUAACUCCAAUGAUAAUGGAGGGGAGAGCUUGGGGGAGUUGCAGGAACUAUUCGACGAGAUCUUCCAGAGUGACAUUGAGCCAUUCAGUUCUUUUUCCCAUUCUUCAACCCCUUCUGUAUGUUCUUCUUUUAAUGGAAUCUCUAGUGCCAGCAACAAGAGAGAUUCCUCAGAAAUUAGCUCAGGCAAUUUGAAGGUUGGAGGUACUCAAUUUGAAGGAUUUUGCAUGGGGGUGGAAUGUUGGGGAAACAACAGUCGGGAGAAAGCGGCAGGAAGAAGAAUAUCCGCAAGGGCCGGAAGAAGUAGGGGGGACUGCCAUGAUGUCUCGUCGAGUAUCUUAAUAUUUCUGUUGGUAGAAGACGAUGCAGCCUUAUCGAAGCAAUUGAAAACCCCGUCACGUUUGUCCCUCUAGCUAGGCCUAAUUCGGCAUGUAAGACGAGUACAGGAAUUUGAGACCUUUGGUGGAGAGUUUUACUUUUUAGAGUGUAACAGUUUGAAGUCACUGUGGGGAUUUUAAAAAUGAAAUUUAAAUAAUUAGAUGUUUCUUCUUUUAUA